CUCCUUUUUUUUUUAAAAAAAAAAAUAAGGAAUAAUACAUUUAUAAUGGAUUCCGACGAUGCAGAAGAAUAUAAUACACACGCUGAAAAGAAAUAUGUAAAGGAUGCCAAGGUGGGUGAAGGUACCUAUGCUGUUGUGUAUAGAGGUACAUGUGUACAAACUGGACAAAAAGUAGCUAUUAAAAAAAUCAAAAUGGGACAAUUUAAAGAUGGUCUAGAUUUAACUGCAAUUCGUGAAGUAAAAUAUCUUCAAGAACUACGCCAUCCUAAUGUGAUUGAGUUAAUAGAUGUCUUUUCACAUAAAACCAACUUAAAUUUAGUAUUAGAAUAUCUUGAGUCAGACUUAGAACAAGUGAUAAAGGAUAAAAGUAUAUUAUUUAUGCCAGCAGAUAUUAAAUCUUGGAUGUUGAUGAUGUUGAGAGGCCUUGAUCAUUGUCAUCGUCAUUUUAUUUUGCAUAGAGAUAUGAAGCCAAAUAACUUGCUAAUAACAGAUAAUGGAGUACUUAAAAUUGCAGAUUUUGGUUUAGCAAGAGAUUGGGGAGAUCCAGGAAGACAGAUGACAUCCCAAGUUGUAACAAGAUGGUAUCGUUCACCUGAAUUAUUAUUUGGAGCUAAAGAAUAUUCAUAUGCAGUAGAUAUAUGGGCAGUAGGAUGUAUAUUUGCAGAGCUUAUGUUAAGAACUCCUUAUGUCGCAGGUGAUUCAGAUAUGGAUCAAUUAACCAAAAUAUUUCAUGCACUUGGUACACCAACAGAAGUAGAUUGGCCAGGAAUGAGUACAUUACCUGGUUAUAUGCCAUUUAAACAAUUUCCUAAAGUACCACUAAGACAAUAUUUUACAGCAGCAGGUACAGAUGCCUUGAGUUUAUUAGAGCAAAUGCUAGUAUUUGACCCAAAUCGUCGUUGGACUGCCGAAGAAUGUUUAGGUCAUUCCUAUUUUAGAAAUUUACCUUUACCUACACCACCAGAAAAAUUACCACAAACUCAAAAAUCUACAACAAUCAAGAAAGAUCAACUUCUAUCAGACUAUGUAAAUAUGAAUAACAAAAAUCAUUUAAAAAGAAAAAUGAUACAAGAACAGGGAGGAGAGAAUAGUCAUAUAGAUGAUACAAAGACUGUAUCAAAAAAACUGAAUUCUGUAGCUUAAUAAACUAUUGUAAAUAAAUAGCUUUUAUUUCAGAUGAGAUGGGUA